CAUAAACACCGAGUAUGACGUCUUUUGGUUUACAGCAACCCGCGGUUGCAGUUUUUUGCGCAGGCUCAGUACAGCUUCAAAAGGAGUCGGCAAAAACCGUCGGCGUGCUCAGUUAGACUGUUCAGCUUAUAUCAGUGAGGCACUUCGGGAUUAGUAUACAGGCAUGGCGCACUUUAGACCUCCAGAAAGCAAACGAGAACAGUUCCGGAGGUACUUGGAGAAAACCGGUGUCCUAGAAAGUCUCACAAGCGUGUUGGUAGCAUUAUACGAAGAAACGGAAAAACCCAGCGACGCUAUGGACUUCAUAAAGCAACGCCUGGGGCUGUCCGGCCCUGCACCAUCGGAGGCGGAGGUAGUCCGCCUGGAACUGAUGGAGCUGCAGCAACAGUAUGAGCAUCUCCUUUUGGAAAACGGAGACCUCAAAUAUAGGCUUCUGCAGUAUGAAUCCACACAAGAUGAUGGAGUGACUGAGUAG